GGGAAUCACCAGCAUCUAACAGUUUCGACUUGGUUUCGACCCACUAAUUUUUACUAUAGAGACUAAUUGUAAGUCACUAUGAGCUGAGCACCAAGAAGAGCGGCGGACUGGACUAGGGCAGAUGAGAAGGAGAUGCCAACGAGAAACAGAAGGAAAAACCGUCUGAGUUCAAACUGUUGUUCAAACUCUUUGCAGUGCUAUAUUUGAUAACAUAUGAUAACAGUCCAUUUAUAUAUUUUGACGAUGAAUUUCAUGAAUUAUGCAUGAAUGCUGGAGUAAACAGUCUAAUUCAUUCAUUGGUCUGCUUGGACGCUGCUGAGCUGAUUUAUUUUUUUGAACAUCUUGCGACUGCUAUAUUAGAAGCAAUCAUCAUGGUGAAUCCGGCCACUAAUAGGAAAAACGGCAGGCGCAAAAAGGUGCCCAAACAAAUUGUAGCACAGCCUGCUAAUGCGCACCCGUUUUCUGCUUUGCGAAUCAACGGAAGGAAUCCAGUAAAACAUCCUUUUCCUCUGGAGGAAACUUUGGCUGUCAGCCGAGGGAAAAUAAAUACAAUUCCUGCUCUCCAGCAAGUGCUGCAGACAAUUCGCAUUGACGACGACUGCAAGCAAGAUAGCAAAACCAUCAUCCAUGACUUGAUAAAAAACAAUCUAAUCAAGAUCAUGAAAGAAAAAUGCGAGAUUUUCAAAAAACAUUAUCGGGACCUUGCUUUUGUGGGCAGUUUCUACGAAGGCUUGAAAAUAACUGACGCAGACGAAUUCGACUUGAACAUUGUUAUGAAAUUGCCAUUUGGUGCUCACACCCCUUAUGAGGUUUGCCAAGUACCAAAGGCGCCUGGACACAUGUCCAUUAAAUGGGAUCCAAAGUAUUUAAAGAAGAUUGAAAAGAGCUGUUCAGAAAACAUAAGACCAACUUUUAAAUGGGUUGAUGCUCAAGGUUAUCUUUUAACAAACAAGAUCCUCCAAUACAUGGAGAGUCUGGUUGCUAAGAGCGUGGCGGAGUACAACAGUGAACUCUAUGAGGAGGAUCAAAUUUCAAUCACAAAAAAUGGUCCAGCAUUGACUCUUUGGCACCAAAGUGAAGAUAUUUCUGUAGACUUGGUCCCAGCAUUUGACUUCCCCGCCAGAGAUUGUCCUCCACCACCAUUUAAAGAUCCAUCUAUGUAUUGUCAUCCCCGAAAAAAUAUGCGUUGGUUUAUUGUCCCAAAACCACUGAAGCAGCAUGGAUUGGAAAUUGCAUGGAGGCUGUCGUUUAGUGAGCACGAAAGGGAAAUCCUUUACGACUUAGGCUGGGUCAAGCCUGCCAUUAAAAUCAUGAAGAGGAUUCGAGAUAUAAUGGACUGGAGAACCCCUGACAGCUAUUCUCUGAAAACCGUGGCCCUCUGGCUCCUUGAUUACGGUUACUUGACACCGGAUGACAAGUUGGAUUUUGCCUUUGAAAAAAUGGCAAGGGGACUUAUGUACUACUUGGACAAAAAGAAAUUGCCUCUCUUUUGGGACCCACGAUUCAACAAGUUUGAGGACAUGAAUCCUGCUGAUUGCAAAAACAAAUUCAACUUCUUGGACAAGUAUCUGAGAAGCGAGAAAGACAUUGUUGAGCUCUGUGAGCUGGCUGCUGAAGAUUCUGAAGAUGAAGAUGAUGAGUUCUAUGAUUAGUAUGUAGUACACAUAUUAUUGUUUUAUUACGAGAGAUAUGUUGUAAUUUGAUAACAAUAUAUUCUCUGUGGUGGA